AUGGCCAUGUUCUCUGAUCUCAUUAAUAGUCUCGCGGUUAUUGACUUACCUUUGUCUAAUCAAAAGUUCACCUGGUCCAACAUGCAACAUUGCCCAACCCUAGCCACGCUCGACAGGUUUCUCAUCUCGACGGAAUGGGAUCAAUAUUUUCCCUUCAACAAGGAAACCUUGGAUAAGCGGGCAGAACUCAAGUCACAGCUCCUCCUAAUACUUGAGGAGGAAGAAAUCUUGUGGAAAACUAGGGCUAAACAGCGUUGGUUGAAGGAAGGCGAUGGCAACACCAAAUUCUUCCAUGCUGUCGCUAAUGGUCGCAAGCGUUCUAACACAAUCGUCGCCAUUGAGGACGACAAUUGGCAGCAGAUAACCAAUGAAGAGCUUAAGAGAUCGUACUUCUACCAAUCCUUUAAGCGAGUGUUUGGGACUCAAGGGGAUAGUCCUUCGUCUCUCGGUGAUUGGAGCGGCCUUUAUCAUUCCAACAGAUUACUUGAUCCCGACUCCCUGACGGCACCAUUUACCCUUGAUGAAGUCAAGACUGCCACCUUCCAACUAGGUAGCGACAAGGCGCCCGGGCCGGAUGGCUUUCCACUUGUUUUCUUUCAAACCUUCUGGGAUGUGGUCAAGGACGAUAUCACCAAGGUCUUUUCUGAGUUCCACGAUGGCACACUUUUCACGGGCCCGAUAGACUACUCCUUUGGAAUGCGCAAGUAUCAAGGCUUCAGCGAUAAAUGGUGGGCGUGGAUUGAGCAAUGUAUUUGCAAUGCCAAAGUAGCCAUUCUAGUGAAUGAUGUCCCAACCCCAUGGUUGAAACCUAGAAGGGGGCUUCGGCAGGGAGAUCCCCUCUCUCCAUACCUCUUCUUACUGGUGGCCGACUGUUUAGCUAGACUGACUGAAACCGCAAGACGAAACAAUCAGCUACAAGGCAUUGAACCAUCCGAUGACUGCCAAACGGUGCUUAUACAAUACGUCGAUGACACAAUAUUCUUCUGUGAACCAAGGAAACGUUUUAUGCAACCUGCUGUUUCUCUGGAAUAUGUUCGAAUGGGCCUCUGGCCUUAG